AGGAUUGUUGAAAUUAUGUUGCAAACUCCGAUGUUUCCAUACAAUCGUAGUGAACCUGACAUAUUUGCGGCAUUCAGAGACAAAUACGAACUGCCUAAAGAGUUCAAAGGCCCUUUAACGGAGUACGAUUUUAUCGUAGUCGGAGCAGGAUCGGCGGGAAGCGUACUUGCCGCACGUUUAAGUCAAGGCGGCAAGGCGUCUGUGCUGCUUUUAGAAGCGGGAUUAGGAGAGUCUAUGCUGACGUCAGUACCGACAUUGGCGCCAUUAUUCCAGAGAACGAGUAGCGUAUGGCCUUAUUUAAUGGAACCACAGCCAAAUGUUUGCUUGGGUAUGGAUAACGGUCAAUGUUUUUGGCCUAGAGGCAGAGCCGUGGGUGGAACAAGCGUUGUGAACUACAUGAUUUAUACUAGAGGGAUGAAGGAAGACUGGGAUAGAAUUGCGGCCAAAGGAAAUUAUGGAUGGUCAUAUGAAGAUGUGAUGAAAUACUACAUGAAAUCGGAACGCGCUAAUCUUCGGGAGUUCAAAAAUUCACCAUGGCACAGUAAAGACGGUGAAUUGAAUGUCGAAGAUGUACCAUUUAGAUCGAAACUAUCAAAGGCAUUUUUAGAUGCGGGAACAUUUUUAGGCAAUCGACGUGUUGACUACAACAGUCCAGACGGAUUUGGCUUUGGUUAUAUUCAAGCUACAAUCAGUCGUGGAGUACGAAUGAGUAGUGCCAAAGCAUUUUUACAUAACAACAAGAAGAGAAAAAAUCUACAUAUACUAACCAAUAGCAGAGUCACCAAGUUAUUGAUUGAUUCAGCAACAAAGAAUGCUAUCGGAGUAGAAUUCCAAAGAAAUAGUCAGAGAUAUGAAAUACGCGCAAAGAAAGAAGUCAUUCUUUCAGCUGGCCCCAUCGAGUCUCCUCAUCUACUUAUGUUAUCGGGAAUAGGACCCAGAAAACAUCUAAAAUCCUUAGGAAUUGAGGUGAUACAAGAUCUGCAAGUAGGAGCAACGCUCUACGACCACAUAUCGUUUACUGGUUUAGCAUUCAUCUUGAAUACGACUCGAUUAACUUUAUUGGAAAAUAGAGUUGCGACGUUAGAGAACAUUUUACAAUAUACACAAUUUGGGGACGGACCAAUUUCAUCCCUAGCUGGGGUUGAAACUCUGGGUUAUAUAAAAACGAACGUAUCGGAAGAAAUUGGAAAUUUCCCAGACAUAGAGCUUAUAGGUUCCUGCGCUUCUUUUGCGUCUGACGAUGGAAAAGUUGUAGCCAAAGGAGUUAGAUUAGCUGAUUGGCUGUACAACGAUGUUUACAAGCCUAUCGAAAAUACCGAAACUUUUACUAUACUCUUAAUGUUAUUGCAUCCAAAAUCUAAAGGUUACAUGAAACUAAGAUCUAAAAAUCCUUUUGAUCAACCAAAGCUUUAUGGGAAUUAUUUGACACACCCAAAGGAUGUUGCAACGAUGGUAGCAGGGAUACGAUACAUUUUAAAAAUGAUUGAAACUCCACCUUUUCAGAAGUACGGUGCAGUAUUGUACAAGAAGAAAUUUCCUAAUUGCAAAAUAUUCGAAUUCGGAAGCGACGGUUACUGGGAAUGCGCUAUUAGAACUAUUACAGCAACAUUACAUCACCAAAUAUCAACGUGCAAAAUGGGGCCGCCAUCGGAUCCCUCUGCAGUUGUGGACCCCGAAUUGCGUGUGUAUGGUAUAAAUAAUCUACGAGUCGUUGAUACGAGUGUUAUACCGAACACAAUAGCUGCGCAUACAAAUGCACCCGGCAUCAUGAUAGGGGAAAAAGGGGCGGAUAUGGUGAAGCAAACUUGGGGUCUUUAA